CUUUCUGUCCAUAUAUUGCGCAGGUCCAGCCAAUCUUUGUCACCAGCAUGAUAGUCCUGAGCCGCAUCUCAUCAGUGGUUCAUGUAUUCUUCAUAUUGAUCGGAAUCGGAUUCAGCAUGGCGCUUGCCAUUGGACUGCAUCGUGAAUUCGGCAUGCCAAGCACCUCACCAUUCACCAUGGAGAUUCGAAGACGUGUGUGGUGGACGCUAUUCGUGUUCGUGUCUGGCGUCCAGCUUAUCCUAGGGCGACCCGCCGUGUCGCUGGUCGGCGUCACCGUCCAUCUCCCCGCUAACGUGGACGACCACGACCUUGCAGUCAAUAUGGACGUGCUCCCCGAAUGCGGCACAGGACCAACCAUUACAUCCUGCCUCAUUGCGCAGGUCAACCUCGCCAAGAUCGCCAACGCUGUCCAGGUCGAGCUGCUCACGCACCACCUACCCACGUACCAGAAAGCCGCAGCUCUAGAACAACGCAUCUCAGCAUGGUACCACGAGCUCCCAGCACACUUCAGCCUUGACGUCCCUUUUGAACCACGCUUCGACAUCCCGCGUCGCGUACUCCUAUGGCGCUCCUUCCACCUCCGCAUCGUCAUCAACCGUCCAUUCCUCUUCCAACGCAUCACCGCCAAAUCCAACCUCGCGACAUCCACAGGCCUCAUCGCUUCCUGUCUUGCCGCGGCCGACGAGUGCGUCACUUCUAUUUGCGCAUUCCUCGAGUCAACUGAUAACCGCCGUCGCGGACUGACCUGGUACGCCACCUGCUGGCUGCUCACUGCUACUUUCGUACAGGCGACCUGCUACAUUUAUGAGCCGGGGAAUGCGCUCGCGCCCGGUUAGAAGAGUCAUAUUCAGCGCGCGGUUGAUUGCCUUGGUAGUCUGGGAUCUUCACAUGACAUGGCUCUGCGGGCAAGAGAUGUGCUCCAGACGGUUCUUGAACACGGGCAUGGAUUAGCCGCACCGGGUAAUUUCACUCCGCACACUUCGACGCAGAUCCCGGCACCGUUUCGAUCACUCUGGGCACCAUCGGACGAUCAAGCGAACUUCAAUCCGUUCUCUAUGGGUCUAGAUCAGAGUAUACCGGGGUAUCCACAGGGGUCUUUUAACGCAGAAUUUCUAGAUGCAACAGCUGGUUUGAUGAUACAGAACUUCUUUGAUAGUACCGAUGAACGGCAAAAUAACUCAUGCAUGCCUGGGUAA